GUUUUGGGGAAGUUAGGUGUCAAGAUAUCCUACCCCCAACUACAUGCCAUUAAUAUGACAAGCGAAACACACCCAAAUUAUUUGCCCUUUUAAACAACUCUCUCUUAUCAACUGAGACUGCUUCGUUAUGCUCUAGAUUUGGGGUUGCCAUUUCGAUCUCCGCCUAAAUUACCGAUAAAAAUUAAAAGGGUUUGUUACAAUUUCAAUCGUCUGAAUUGGGUUUCUCUCAAUCUUCUCUGAAAAUGAAGGUUUCGGUUGUAACGCGAAGUGGGAAGGAGCUCUUGAAGGGCGGAAUUGACCUCAAUGAUUCGGCAACUGUUGCUGAUCUACAGGAGGCAAUUCACAAGAAAACCAAGAAAUUUUAUCCUUCCAGACAACGACUGACUCUACCUGUCCAACCGGGAUCAAAGGCAAAGCCAACUGUCCUUAACAGCAAGAAGAGCCUUAAAGAGUAUUCUGAUGGCAAUUCAAACACCAUAACUGUGGUGUUUAAGGACCUGGGGACCCAGGUUUCUUACCGUACUCUUUUCUUUUUUGAAUACUUGGGUCCUUUGGUUAUCUACCCCAUCUUUCACUACUUGCCUGUUUAUCGCUACUUCGGCUACAAAGAGGAACGUGUCAUGCACCCAGUUCAGACAUAUGCUUGUUAUUACUGGUGUUUUCACUAUUUCAAACGUAUCAUGGAAACUUUUUUUGUGCAUCGCUUCAGCCAUGCAACUUCUCCCUUGUCCAAUGUGUUCCGUAAUUGCAUGUACUACUGGAGCUUCGGAGCGUUCAUUGCUUACUAUGUGAAUCACCCACUCUACACCCCCGUUAGUGACCUUCAAUGGAAGAUUGGAUUUGGAUUUGGGUUGCUUUGCCAACUUUCAAAUUUCUACUGCCAUAUCUUGCUGAAGAAUCUGAGGAGUCCUGAUGGAAAUGGUGGUUACCAAAUACCUCGUGGGUUUUUGUUCAAUAUUGUGACUUGUGCCAAUUACACCACGGAAAUUUAUCAGUGGGUAGGCUUCAAUAUUGCAACCCAAACUGUGGCAGGUUACAUCUUUGCAGUUGUUGCUGCCGGAAUUAUGACCAACUGGGCACUUGCGAAGCAUCGACGACUCAAGAAGUUGUUUGACGGAAAGGAUGGAAAGCCCAAGUACCCACGCCGAUGGGUGAUAUUGCCUCCAUUCCUGUAGACAAGAGAGCUGCACUAGAAUACCUGGAUCAACAAUGUUUCCAUCGUUCAGGCACUGUUUCAGGUAGCUCCAGUAAUUAUAGGCACAUCUUGUUAAAAGUUAAUUUGAGCUUCACGUUCAAGCUGUCAAAUCAAUCAUGUUCUCGUUGCUGCAAACUUACUUCAGUGUAGUCAUAAAUCCAGUCAUAUCACUAGAUCAUUUAAGCAAACUUUUUAUCCCGUUUUUGUAUUUCCAUAAGUGUUUCCCAUCUCUCAGGAUGAUGUAAUAGCAUAAUCAUUUUAAUACCUUAUUUAUCAAUUCUUAAACACUUCUUAAUUGCACAACUUUAUGUCAAUCCCUUUAUCGACGAGAUGAUUAAUUUCUCGGUUUUUCCAA